AUGGCAUCAGUUAUGAGAAUUAUCAUGGCAUCUUUUCUUGUGCUCUCACUUGUCGCCUUCUCACUAUCGGCUCCAAUGCCAGGAGGAAAAUCACAUUCUAAAGUAAGAAUUCACGUUCCAGUCAAACAUCACACACACGUCAUAACAAAAACACAGGUAAAAACCGUCCACAUAGGAGUUCCAAUCAAAGAGAAGCCAAAAAAGCAUGGAUGGGAUUCAUCAUGGGCAUACAGUAAGAAAAGUAAGCGAUUCAGAAAGCCACCACCGAUGUUUUUUAUCAAUUACUAA